AUGUCGCGACAUCAGGAUUACCGCAACUAUGACUACGAACAAGAUCUGGGCGAGUAUGACGGCGAAGACGAGGGGGAUGAAAUGAGCCCGGAAGACCGAGCGCUCUUGGCGCUGAGUGUAGAGGAGGCCACGGAGAGACUGGGCGAAAACGUGAAGAAGGUGCCGCAAGACAGUAUAGCGGAAGCAGUGUACCACUACUACUAUGACGUCGACAAGGCGGUUGCAUACUUGGUAAAGACAUUCAUCAACCCAUCACCAGCACCAGCACCAGCAGCCAAACAAGCCAAACAGGCCAAAGCCAAGGCCAAGCAGGAUUCUCCAGACGCGAAAUCUUCAUACGCCAGCUUCUUUGAGGACAUGCCAUGGCUCGGUGUGCCGCAGUCGAGACAGACCAUCUUUGUGGCACCUUUGCUGCCCAGAGGUGGCCUCUUGGGUGGUGCCAGCGUAGCACCCAAGAUGUCGAAGCUUCAGGCUCUGGCGGCUCAGCGCAAGCGAAAGGCUGAGGAAGCUAAGAAGACCAAAGAGGUUGGCUUUGCAGCCGAAAAGACACAGCCGCAAGCCAAGGUCGACGAGCAUACCAGCAAAUCCUUGAAGCUUGCCCUCCGGGCUGUCCGCCAACCUCCGAUGCCGACAGAGAAAGCCGUGACAGAGGCUCCCAAGCCAGCUGAAGCGGAAGCUCCGAAAGUGCCAGCAGCAGAAGCCGUCCCCAUGGAGGGGGUGUGCGGGCCAAGCGGGGCUGCGGUGCACGAGCAGCGCGAGGCAGCCCAGGUAGCGAAGCCAUCUGCAUUUGCACAGGCGCUGUUCGGGCCUAAGAAGCGAAAACGGCGCAUCUCGGAUGUGGCAGAAGGGGGCUUCUUGGCGGUGCCGUCGCUGGCACGGGCUCCCGCGGCUGCUUUUGAGGCGUUUUUGUCACCGUCUCCCGACGAUGUGGUGCUUCAGGCACAGGCGAAAGCUUUCGGAAAGGCCACCCCCACGGGGACACCGGCGAAAAAGAGGACCGGAGCAGCAGGGGCUGCAGGACAGACGGAAUCGACGGAGGCGACGCUCGCCAACGGGGUGAAGGGGUUGAAGGUGGACGACACGCCGCUGCCGCGGAGCAAGAACCUGGACGUGCUGGCCGAGUACGAGAAGAGCGCGAAGAAGAAGAACGCGAGCUUUGUGGUGGUGGGCCACGUGGACGCGGGCAAGAGCACGAUGAUGGGACGACUGCUGUUGGAGAUGAAGCGGGUGGACAGCCGGACGAUCGACAAGUACCGGAAGGCGGCCAAGGACAUGGGCAAGGCGUCGUUUGUGCUGGCAUGGGUGCUGGACCAGGGGUCAGACGAGCGGGCGCACGGGGUGACGAUCGACAUUGCGACCAGGCGGUUCGAGACGGCGACGACAGCCUUUACGAUGCUAGACGCGCCAGGGCACCGCGACUUCAUCCCGAACAUGAUCGCGGGGGCAAGCCAGGCGGACUUUGCGGUGCUGGUGAUCGACGCCAGCCGGGGAUCGUUUGAGUCGGGACUCAAGGGACAGACGCGCGAGCACGCGCUGCUGAUGCGCAGCAUGGGAGUGACGCGUAUCAUCGUGGCGGUCAACAAGCUGGACACGGUCGGCUGGGACCGGGAGCGAUUCGAGGCAAUUUGCCAGCAGAUGGGCGGCUUUCUGUCGGCGACAGGCUUCCAGGCGAAGAACAUCAGCUUUGUGCCGGUGUCAGGGCUGCAUGGAGACAACCUGGUGACGCGAUCGACGGCGCCCGAGGCCCAAUGGUACGAGGGGGCAACGCUGGUGGAGGAGCUAGACAGGUCGGAGCCGCUGGCACGGGCGCUGGACAAGCCGCUGCGACUGCCGGUAGCCGAAGCAUUUCGGUCAACAGCUGGGGCCGUCACAGUAUCGGGACGCAUCGAGGCCGGGUCGCUGCAGGUGGGCGAUGCACUGCUGGUGCAGCCUGCAGGCGAAAAGGCACACGUGAAGCAGGUGGAGCUGCAAGAUGGCAGCAGCAGCGACACACAGACGCUGGAUUGGGCUGUGGCCGGUCAGAGCGUGAUUGUGCAUCUGGCCGGCAUCGAGGCCGAACACGUGCGACCGGGCGACGUGCUCUGCGAUCUGACGAAGCCGGUGACCUGCGUGGACGUAUUCUCGAUCAAGGUGCUCGCGUUUGACAUGCUCUUCCCGAUGCCGGUGGAGGUGCACCGCGGGCGGAUCAACGAGUCGGCCAAGAUCGAGGAGCUGACGGCGCUGCUCAACAAAACCAGUGGCACGGUCGAGAAGCGGCGGCCCAAAGUAGUCAAGCCCGGGGCCGUGGCACGGCUGCGCGUGCGGCUACACACGAAACUGCCACUGGAGCGCGGCCAGCGGAUUGUGCUGCGGUCCGAGGGACACACGAUUGCGGCAGGGCUGUUGGAAUAG